CGCACGGACACACUUUCGUCCUCAUCGACCUCUCUCCCGCUCCAUCGAUCACACACUCUAAAGCUGGAAUUUACAGAGAAAAGAUCAAUGGCGCCGAUGACGAUGAUGAUGGCGAGCCCGGCUGCCUUCGGUCGGGGCGGGCACGUUCGGUCGGCGAGCGUGCCGAGCCAGAGGCACCCGCUGCUGACGCACGUCGACGACCAGCUCCGCGCGCUCCGGUCGUGGACCUCCGACCCGGGCCAGAACCCGCUGGCGCUCGCCCACGUCAGGGCGCUCCUGUGCGUCCUCGACGAGCUCACGCCGCUCAUGCCGCUCUCCUCCUCCUCCCGCCUCCUCGACGCCUUUCUCGCCCUAGCCGACGCCUACGGCUCCUUCCUCGCCGCCCUCCUCGCGCUCCGCCAGCACGCCGCCGACCUCCGCGCCGCAGUGCGCCGCCGCGACCCGGCUAAGCUCGCCUCUGCGGCGCGUGCGCAGCGCCGGGCUGCAAAGGAGCUAACCGGCCUCGCCACCGCCGUAGCUCGUUGUUCGCCCAUCCACGCCGCUGCUGGGUUCUCGUCCGAGCUUGAGGUGGCGCGGACGGUGGCCCAAGCCGUCAGCGACACCGCUGCCGCGUCGGCGUCUGUCUUCCACCAGGUCGCCUUCCUCGCGGACGCCGCCGCAGCCACGGCGCUGGCAGUGUCCUCCUCCUCCUCGUCCAAGAAGCGCACCAAGCAUGCUGCCGGCGAGGAAAUGCACAAGGACGUCGCGGUGGCGAGGCUGCAGGAGCUGGAGCAGUGCGUGGGCGAGCUGGAGAGCGAGAGCGAGAAGGUGUUCAGGAGCCUCCUGCACACUAGAGUCUCUCUGCUCAACAUCCACACGCCAACAAUUUAAUUACUCUAUACGCAUAGCCACAUAUACAUGAUUAAUUCUUAUAAAGAUUUAGACACUAUUCGUUUAGAUUAUAAUCAAUAAUUGGAGUGAAACUAAAGAUUACUACUGCAAAGAGAGAAUAUAUCAACUCUUUUGGCAA